AUGGCUAAGCUGUCAACUGUACCAGAUCAGAUAAAUUUUGCCGACGAGGAGGCGAAAAUUUUGAAAAAAUGGAAAGAUGAAGACACCUUCCAGAAAUCUGUUGCGUAAGUUGAUCAGUUUUUCAGUUUUAAAAGGGAUUUUGAUUUCAGACUUUCAAAAGAUCGCCCUCAUUUCACCUUUUUUGACGGUCCGCCGUUCGCCACUGGUCUUCCUCAUUACGGUCACAUUCUUGCGGGAACUAUCAAGGUUUUUUUAAAUCAUUUUAUUUGUUUGAUCAUUUUUCGACUACUUCAGGACGUGGUUACGAGAUGGGCCCAUCAAAAUGGACAUUGUGUCCAACGAAGGUUCGGAUGGGACACUCAUGGGUUACCUGUCGUAUGUUGAAAUGAACGCAAAAAGUUGUUCAAUUGGAAUUUAGGAACACGAGGUCGAUAAAAGUCUCGGAAUCAAAGGACCGCAAGAUGUCUACGAAAUGGGAAUCGGCACUUACAAUCAGCAUUGCCGCUCCAUUGUCAUGAGAUACUCCGCGGUACUGAAGUUUAUUGAGACUUGAGAGUAAUGAAACCUAGAACCAUAUUUUUACUUUUUUUAAAUUGUUAUCUGAUGCUCAAUAAGGUAUAAGUCUGUAAACUCGACAAUUUCACGAAUAUGCUAAACUUUUGAACGGUGGCUUAACUUGAGAUUUUUCUUCCUAAUUAGAGUAAAAAAAUAUUUCCAUGGUAUAUAAGAUUUUCAUAGAUUUUUUGCAAAAUGGUCCGUCUUUUAUUUCCAGAGAAUCAUAAUAAUUUAAAAUUGCGCCUCAUUUAUCAUCUCAAUCUGGUCUAAAAGCUGUUCCGGAUUUUUAAAUUUAUUGAAAAAAAGGGAUAUUAGAGGGGAGAUUUUUUUCAAAGGUUUUUUUAUAGAAAAAAAUAUCCAAAAAUUUCAAACAAACGGUCUAAAGUGACUGGUAAAAAGUUUUGAAAACUUCCAAAGAGUUUUUUUAUUGAGACUAUAUAAAUAGAGUUUUUUUGAUUGGAAAAAGAAACAGUGAAAAAAAGGAAAAAAAUGCGGUAAUUUCUUUCAGGAGAAUCUCUAAUAUUUCCGUUUUUUUCAUUUUUCUGGAGCUUUAAAAGAUUUUUCGAUAGAGUUGUUUCAAUUUCUCUUAUCCUGAAAAUUCCUAGGAAUGGGAAGAAAGUGUGAAUCGGAUGGGUCGAUGGAUCGACUUCCGAAACGACUACAAGACAUUGUACCCGACUUUCAUGGAAAGCGUCUGGUGGGCUUUUUCUGAGCUCGUCAAGAAAGGUCUCGUCUACCGGGGCGUCAAGGUUGGCUCCAAAUUCAUAUGUUUUUCAUAGUCAAUGCUGAAUUUUGUAUAGGUUAUGCCGUUUUCCACUGCUUGUUCCACGCCGCUGUCGAAUUUCGAAGCCGGACAGAACUACAAAGAUGUCGUUGAUCCUUCAGGUCCUCCCCUUCGAAAAAUAUUCAUAAUAAAUUGAAAUUUCAGCAUUUGUCGGAUUCAAACAAGAAGGCCAUGAGAACCGGUAUUUGGUGGCCUGGACGACGACUCCGUGGACUUUGCCCAGCAAUCUUGCCCUCUGUGUUCAUCCCGAACUGCAAUACCUUGUCGCCAAAGGUUCUUGAAAAUUUCUAACUGAUUUACUUUGUUUUUGUAGACAAAACGACGGGCAAGGAAUACGUUGUAAUGGAGGACCGUCUUUUUGAACUGAAAAAUGAGAAUUUGGAAGUUGUCGAAAAGGUUUGUUUCGCCUCCAGAGUAGUUUUAAUCGUUCAAUUUUUUGUGAAACAAUUUUCUUUUUUGAAAGCUUUGAAGCUCUAAAAAUAUUUUAAGAAGUUUCUAUCAACUUGUGGAAAUCAGUCAAAACUAAGCUAAUGCUUCAAGAAAAAAGCUGGGAAUCUUAAUGUUCACUACUAACUGAAGUUUCUAAAACGAAGAUUCGGUACGACCAGGCACAUUUUGAAAACAGUAAAUUUGAGAAUUGACCAAUAAACAAUUAUCGUCACGAUCUAAUAUUGUUUUAAACUGAGUUAGUUAUCACCGAAAAACCCAGAAUUUUAGAGUUAAGAGAGCAAAUUUUUACAAAUUUUUACAUUUGAAAGGGACUCAAGGUAUUUUUCAUAGCAACUAGAGAGUUUUUUGUCUGGUUCGGAUGUUUAGAAAGGCUUUUAAGGGUUCAUUUUUAGUGUUUUAAAAAUUUCUAGGACAGUCUGGCGCUCUUUACGCGAACUCAUCAAGAUAAAAGUGUCUAAUAUAUUUUAAGAUGACCGGCAAGCAACUGGAAGGCGUGAAGUAUGAGCCGCUGUUCCCCUACUUCAAGCAUUUGCGAGAACAAACCGGCGCCUUCCGAGUACUCAACAACACUUUUGUGACUACUGAUACCGGUACUGGGAUCGUCCAUCAGGCUCCUUAUUUCGGAGAGGUUCAUUUUCAGAGGGUAUAAGAAAUAUAGUUGGGUUUUCAGAUCGAUUACCAAGUUUGCAAGGAGAACGAGAUCAUCACCAAAGACAUGGUCGUUUGUCCGGUUGAUGAGAAGGGACUGUGAGUUUCAGAAUCGUCUUUUUCUUGUGAAAUAAGCUUAGAAGGGACUUUUCCGCGCUCGAAUUUUUAAGAAUGAGCAAAUAGAUAUUUUUAAGGAAUUAUUUUGUCGAAAGAAUGAGCUUUUCAGAUGUUUUUUUUUUCAGAAGAUUACUUUUUUUCUAUCCCUUAUAAUCCAUGUUAGAACUUCGAAGCUCUUCUGUCGAAAUAAAAACUUUUUUUUUUGGUUUUCCUUCUUUCCUAAAUCUGAUAAAUUUGACUAUGAUAAAGUUUCUUAAGUCACGAAUAAAAAAAUAAAACUAUUCUCAGGUACACAAAAGAAGUGCCUGACUACGCUGGCUUGUACGUCAAGGAUGCCGACAAGCUCAUUUUGAAGCAUCUCAAGGAGACUGGUCAUUUGGUCCGGCAAUCCGAUGUGGGUUUAGUCAAAAGUUAAUCAGAGAUUUCUAACACUACUGUAUCUAAAAAUAGAACCUCUGAGGCUCUUUUCAGAUAGCUACUGGCAGGCCUAAAUAAUUUUCUUGGUUUUUAUUUCAUUUUCAAUGUUUUAUUGGAAUAUUCCAGUGCAAACACUCGUACCCGUUCUGCUGGCGGUCGGACACUCCGCUCCUCUACAAGGCCGUUCCGUCGUGGUUCAUCCGUGUGGAAAGCAUCGUUCCUCUUCUUCUGGCCAACAACGAGCAAACUUAUUGGUUUGUUGAUUAUUCCUAGAAGUUGUAUAGUUUUUUUCAUCUAAGGUCUAUCAAUCGAUAGUUAUUUUGCUUUUUAGUAAUAGAUGUAUUCGACCAGAAGGCGUAACUUUUCAAACGAUUUCUAACAGCCGCCUUUGACAAACUCAAAGUUCAAGAGUAUCAUCGAAAGAGUGGAAACCAUGACCUUACGAUGAAAAAAUUUAAAAAAGUAAAUGUUAAAAUUUCUUCAAACGCCUUUUUAAUAUUUUUUCAAUGUAGAUCUUCAGAGUGUCUAGUUCAAUAGGUUCAUUGACAUCGAAAAAAAGUUACAAUAAGCUAAUUUUCAGGGUACCAGCUUUCGUGAAAGAAAAGCGUUUUGCGAACUGGCUGCGCGACGCGAGAGACUGGGCAGUUUCGAGGAAUCGCUUCUGGGGAACUCCCAUUAACUUGUGGGUCAGCGACGACUUGGAGGAGGUCGUGGCGCCAAGCAGCAUCGCCGAGUUGGAGGAGCUCACCGGCCACAAGAUCACGGAUAUCCAUCGGGAGAGGUGAAUUGAGAUAGCUGAAAAAAGUGUGGAUAAUUGAAAUUUUGGAAGAAACUAUUCUUUAUUUUCAUUACGUAUCUGACUGAUUAGAACUAGGUUAUAUUUUGAAGCCAGAGCAAAUUUUAAAGAUUUUCUCUCACUUUCUUCUGAUUUUCUUUAAAUUGUUUUUAUCUUCUUUUUCAUUGUUAACAUUCGAUUCGUGUUCACAUGAAAAAUGUGAGGAAACUCCAUUAAGUUUGGUUUUUCAUCAUUUUUCAAAAUUUUCUUUGGUCAGUUUUAAUUGUGCCUAAGCUUCAAACGUGAAAUUUUUUGCAAAAACCGCUUCCUCAAUACUUUUUCCUUAUUUUCAAUAGGAUCUUCGCCUCUAACUGUCCUAUUUUCCAGCAUUGACCACCUCACGAUCCCGUCCAAAACUGGACGUGGCGUUUUGCGUCGUGUUCCUGAGGUUUAACUGUUUCGUUGAUUCCUUUUAAAUGUGUCUCUUUUCAGGUAUUCGAUUGCUGGUUUGAGUCGGGCUCGAUGCCAUACGCCCAGAAUCACUAUCCGUUCGAGAACCGCAAGGUUUUCAGAAUUUUACUUUCUUUCAUUAACCUUUUUGUUGAGAUCUUCGAAGAGAACUUCCCGGCCGACUUCAUCGCCGAAGGAAUCGACCAAACCCGCGGAUGGUUCUACACGCUUCUCGUUCUGUCCACGGCGCUCUUCAACAAACCGCCAUGGAAGGUAAUUUUGUAGUUUUCCUGAAAUAGGAAGAUUAAUGAGGGUUAAGGGGGGUUUCAAAAGAAAAAAACAGCAAAGUGAAUUGAAAAAAAAAAUUUGGAGUUCAUUUCGAAAUUGUUUGAAGCGGGAAAGAAGUUUGGUUUUUGUCUACAUUUCUGCUUGCUAAAAAUUUUUCUAGAAGUAAGCGCAAACGUUAAAAGUCUAUGUGCACAGGAAAUAUCAAGUUUCGUACAGAUUAAAAAAAGUUAUGUUUACAGAAUUAACGUAAUUUUUUUUUUGAAUUUUGAAACUUCUUCAGAACCUGAUUUGCAACGGUCUUGUGUUGGCGCCGGAUGGUUCGAAGAUGUCGAAAAGGAAGAAGAAUUACCCGGAUCCGAUGGAAAUCGUGCACAAAUAUGGCGCCGACGCUCUCCGGCUCUACCUCAUCAAUUCGCCGGUUGUUCGAGGAGAAAAUUUGCGAUUCCGGUGGGUUUUUCUGGUUUUUAUGAAUGAGGUUAAUGAUUAUCAAAUUAGAGCUAGGUCAUUUUUAAAUUUCAAUUUUAGGCAAUUUCUAAUCAUUCUACUACAACCAAUAGUUUUAAAGGCUGAAUAAAAGAAAAAAAAAACUCUUAUUGCUCGCUUUUUUAUAAUUCCACGUGCAAAGCUACGUUGAGAGAUUGAUGAAACGCUGAAAAAUUAUUUCGAAAAAAUUCAAAUCUUUUCUGAUCUUGAAGUUUUGCCAAUACUUCCCAUCCCAGUUAGAGGCCGAAGCUCUGUGAUACAAAUUUCUCGUUUUCCAACUGCAAUAUUUAAUUAUGGAAAAAUAUGACUAAAUUCUCAGAGAAGAAGGCGUCCGAGAUCUUCUGAAAGACGUCUUCCUCCCGUGGUUCAACGCCUAUCGUUUCUUCGUCCAGAAUGUUCAACUUUAUGAACAUGUACCUAUUUUCAUUUCACGUUUCAUGCAAAUUUUUCCUUUUCAGGACACUCAACAGCAGUUUGUCAUGCCUCAAGAGGUGAAGAGCGAGAAUGUGAUGGACCGUUGGAUCGAGUCGUUCACCAACUCUUUGGUUGGAUUCGUGCGCAAGGAAAUGAAUGCGUCGGUUUUUAUCCUAUGAAAAAAGAAUUUCAUUCAUCUCUCAACGAUUUUUCAGAAAAUAUUUUUAAAAGUUAGCUUUGUGAAAACAGCAGUAAAUUAUUAAACAUCUGACAAUUUUUAACUCCCAUGUUUCGUUGUUUUUUCCAUGCAAUAACUUUUUCAGGUACCGUCUGUACGCUGUCGUCUCACCAUUGACGCGCUAUUUCGACACUCUCACCAACAUCUACAUUCGUCUGAACAGAAAAAGAAUAAAGGUAGAAUUUGAAAACAAGGAACCCCGCCUUAGAUUCAACUCGUUCUUUUGUCAAAUUUUUAUUUAUUUCAUGAGAAAAAAAAAAUCUCAAAAUGAUGUACAAGUUUUAAAGGAAUUACUGCAGUUUUCUAAGCUUCAAACUUUCUAGUUUCAAAAGCUUAAAAAUAGGCCAUAGGUCCUGCUUGAACGAAUUUAGAAUUGAAAAUUUGGUAAAAAAAAAAACUCAUGGAAUUGAGAAAAACCCGGAAUCUCAUGCUUAAAAGUUAAAUUUUGUAUUUUUUUUUUUCGCGUUCAAUUUUUUUUGUUACUUGGUAAGAAGGAUGAGAGUAGCGCAAGGCUUGUUGUCGGAAAAAUUGAGCUUCUAAUUAGAAAAAAACGGAAAUGUCAGGUUAAAAAAAGGGGUUCACUAUAAUAUAUUAUAUGGAUCAAUAUACCUUGAUUAGAGUUUGAGCACAAACUCGAAAUUUAUGUUUAUUUGGAAACAGAAAAGAAAACGAUAUUGUAUUCAUCAUUUUUGUAGAGGCUGCAGUUUUUUAAGCCAUGGAAUUCAUUUAUUCUUUCAAGUUUAACCAUUUUUAGGGAGACUCUGGCGUCGAAGAUCAGCUGCACGCUUUGGCUGCCCUAGGACGUGUUCUGGUCCUGAUCGUCCGGCUUAUGGCCCCCUUCACGCCGUUCUUCUCCGAGUACAUCUGGCAGAACUUGCGGAAGGCUUGAAAGUCAUAGGAAAAAAAAAUAAAGUAUGAUUCUCCAGGUGACGGGCGCCAAAGAGGAAUCUGUGCAUUUCGCCAUGAUUCCGGAGGCCAACGAGAGUUUGAUCGACGAAAACGUGGAGAGACGCGUCGAAGCCAUGAGAAACGUCAUUGAUCUCGUUCGUUUGGUUCGAGAUCGCGAAGGAAUCGCUGUCAAGGUAAUUUUGAACUUCAGCUGAAGAUUUCGAAGUGACAGAUUUAUUUCAGAUAUGCGUUUUUUUAAAAUAUAAUUUUUUGUAUAACAAGGGGACAAAAUCUGUUAGAAAUCAUUAGAACGUUCGUAGCUAAGCGAAAUGCUUUAAAACAAAAAUCAAAUGUCGACGUGUUACAAAAACAAAUACGAAAGUUGCCUUUUCAGUAUCCGCUGAAGGAAAUGAUCGUAAUCAACCGCAACAGCCAGUACUUGGAGGACAUUGAAAGCUUGAAACACUACGUCCUUCUCGAACUGAACGUCCGCAAGUUGACCGUCUCUCAAGACAAGAACAAGUACGGCAUCACGCUCAAGGUUCGUCUCACUUCUUUUUUUUUUUCCUCUCAUAUCUUCAGGCCGAUCCCAACUUCAAAUUGCUCGGCGCGCGGCUGAAGGGCGAGCAGAAGAAGGUGGCUGACUACUUGAAGAACAAGAUCACCGAGGCCGAGUUGGAGCAGUUUUUGGCGGAAGGUACUGUUUUGAUUGAGUGAAGAUCGUCAAAUAAUUCGGAAAAAAACCAAAAGAAAAUAAUUCUAAAAAUAUUUCUUUGGAUUUAAAAAAAAGGAAAAUUGAAGUUUUUUUGUGCUCAUAAAAAUAGUUAGGGGUUUUUUUUUCAAAUUUAUGAAGUUAUCACUGAAAAUUUUUCCACUUUCCUCUCAUUAACAAAAAUCUUACUAUACAAAAUUUGAUUUUCCUUCCAAAAUUGGCUCGCGAAAAUAUACCGAUUAGGACGAAUAUUUUGCAUUCAUAAGUUAGAAUAAAAACAUGUUCUCACCGAAAAAAUAUACUGUUUAGAGUUUUUUUUUAUCCAUUACUGAACCGCUCUCGUUAAAGACUGUAAUAAGAAAUACUUAUGACGGAUGGUAGGAGAUUUUUCGAUCAUAUACCACAUUUUAGUAAACUUUAACCCGUUCACGCUUAGUAAACCUUCAUAGUUUCUCAGAACCUUUUUCCCCGUUAGUAAUGUUAAUUUUGAAGGAAAGCUGACGGUUCUGGGACACGAACUGACGUCGGAGGAAGUCGCGGUGAGCUACGCCAACAAUACGAGUGCUCCUGGAGAACACGGCUACCAAACGCAUUCCGAUGCCAAGGUCCUCCUACUGAAAUGAAAAGGAAGAAACUGAAAGGUUUCAGACGAUCGUGAUGGUGGACACUUCUGAGGACGAGUCUCUGGUGGAGGAAGGCCUGUGCCGCGAAGUCACUAACAGGGUGCAGCGACUUCGGAAACAGGCCAAACUAAUCUCUACCGACUCGGCCUCCGUCCACAUCGUCGUCCAACCGGCGGACUCCCUGGUUGGGCAGGUUCUGACGGCUAGGAAGGCCGAGAUCGAGGCCGCCACCGGCACUCCAAUCACCAUCGGAGCUCCGACCAAAACGGCCACUGCUACUAGCAAAAGCGCUAUCAAGGACGCCGAAGUUGAGGUUAGAAAUUCUUUUUGACUUUGUCUUCGAAGGAAUUAGUAAGAGUAGCAUUGGAAAGGUGACAUUUAAACUAGAUAUUUAGAGAAAACCUGAGAUCUUCAAUACAUGAAAGUUUUUCUCGCUCUGAGAAAUCUGAAGGCUGCCACCGGCACCCAUCACCAGCAUUCAAAAAAUCUCAAAAAGACCAUAAAAGCUAUUUUAUUUCAUAACUCUAUUGCGAAAAAGAUUUAUUUCACAAAAUGACUGCCUAAAUAAAGUUCGAAGGUCCAAAGUAAGCUGAAAGGGCAGCAAAAAAAGGUCAAAAAAAAAGACGAAAAAUAGCUGCCAAUUCAUUUCAUUUUUUUAUAGCUCUGGCUGUUCUCCGACACGGAUUCAUCAUUUGAAGGUGUCACCGUUUUCAAUGGGUCCAAGAAGGUUUGAGAUUUUUAUGGAAAUCCUCAUCUCAAUCCGUUAUUUACCUCAGAUCCGCAUCCCAUUGAAGACUUCAAAUGGCACUUUGGAAAAGUAUCACGACCUUCUUUACAAUGUUCGUUCUUUACAUGAUAUUUUCCGUUUCUUUAUUAGUAUUGUUCCUUUUUUCAAUAUUUUCCUUUUCCAGGUUCGAUCGGCCUUCGAUUUGUGGAACGGAAAGAUUUCCCUGAAAGACGAAUCCGACGCUUUGGUCCAUCCGACCGUCGAAAUCUCCUCUCUCGCCGGACGAAAACUUACCGUUUCCUGA